UUUUGUCGUCACAAAUCGUCUGUAGUGCGAGAGCGUCGAGCUGACAAACACACGCACACACAAACUUGCAGGAGUCGCCCAAUAGCAUAGCGACAGACAGGGAAAGAGUUUGGCAUUGCUCCGCACCCGCAAUUCGUGGCCUACCGCGAGUUGUGUGUACGCUGGUAAACAGACACUUAACUAGAUUAAAGAAUAAGCACACAAAGUAUAAAAAGAGAGCUAGCUAAGAAGAUCAAACAUCCUCUCAUCCGCCCACCCAGCUCGCUCCACCUUUCGCUAGUUUGUUUAUCUGUUCCAGGCAUCGCUGCCGCCUUUGUUCGCCCACCUCUACAGAUUCCCGACGUCUUCUUCCAUCAGCGGAAAACACCGCAUCCACCUGGAUUAUUUGUUCUGACUGCUGCAUAUAAUAUAGGCGAAGAUGGGCAACGCUCACGUCACUCACAGCGGCAAUGGCAAGAAUAAAACGGCCAACGGCAAAGAUGAAGUGAGGAACGGCGCGGAUGGGAUCGUCGCUACAGCGGCGACAGUCCCCCAUUCAACGGCCUUUCCGCCCGCCAAAAAGGCAAUGGCUUCCGUCGCCGACUUGACGGAUCUUCAGAAGACGUUGCUUCAAGAGAGCUGGAAGCGGCUCGAAAAGGAUAUCGCUCAAGUUGGCAUCAUCGUGUUUAUCAAUUUGUUUGAAACCCAUCCAGACAUGCAGUCGGUCUUCUUGCCGUUUACGGGUGUCGUCCUCGAUGACCUGAAGAAAAGCAAGUUGCUUUCGGAACACGCUCUCAGAGUCAUGGGGGCCGUGCAACGGGCAGUCCAUCGUCUACAGGAACCCGAAAAGUUACACGCCUUCCUCUCCGAACUCGGGCGAAAGCACGACAAAAAUGGAGCCAAACUUGAGUACAUUGACUACAUUGGACCGCAGUUCUUGUGCGCCAUUCGCCCGAUUCUUGGAGACGACUGGACGUUGGACACUGAGAAAGCCUGGACUUUGCUACUCGACUACAUGACCGCCACAAUGAAAGAGUCCCUUGUGGAAGCGAGAAACGCUUCCGCCGCAGAGUCAUCGAAGCCAUCGCUGACUCUUCCGCCUUCGUCAUCGUCUUCGUCAUCGGCAGCCACGGAUGACUGAGAUUCUUCUGUCGUUUCUUUUCUUUCAUAGCGAGAAAGAAAGAAAGACCAAGAACCAUCACCGAGAACCAUACAUCGUUCUAAAUCAUCGCUCUAGGAAAUAAUUGCAACUGGCUUGUAUGUGUACGCGGCGUAUGAGAAUUGGGUAGACACAAAAAAUGCGGAUGAGGAGAGAGAGAGAAGCGCUCGGGAUUGGCGGAUUGGCUAUUGUCCAAACAGGAGAAUUUCAAUGUUUUCCCGAUGUUCAAUUCCUCGUUGUCCUUCGAUAUAUUAGCUCAAAAGAAAAAGAAAAAAAAAAUGGAAAAUUCACUAUAUGAAUGUGAUAUAAAUAAAGGGCUAGUUUAGUUUACAUAAAAACAAAAUGUUUAGGACCACUCGUCCUCGUCUGUACGGUGUUGACGUAUUUUAAAAUUAAUUAUUAUGAAUGUCCACAUCUGUUCUUUCUUUUAACUGUAAUAAUCCAUUAUUUGCUUCAUUAUUAAAAGACGCCGUUGGGCGCAUAUUAACCAAGCAUUCUAUUUUGAACUUAUUGACAGCCAACGUAUACCAUCAUCAACAUCAAAAAAGUUGUUCAAGUAUAUACAGCAUAUUCCAGUCUAUCAAAUACUUGCCUACAAAUUUGCUUUCCUUAAUACUAAUAUAUAUGAUGUCAGAAAGAUAUGGCCAUAUAUACAUUGCUGAAAAUUG